GGUGUAGAAGACCAACCCGUAACGAUUAACGUAUAUCUCUAGGAGCAAAGGGGAUACGGAUUGCUCUGACCAUGUACCUUUCUAUUAAGAGGGUAGUUAGUGUAUCAAACAGUGGGUGAUGUGUAGGUGGUGUCUAUAGAAAAUUGUUGACGAACACGGUCGAGUAGACCCGGUGCGAGUAUUUGUGUUAUUUUUUUUAGGUGUUGAUAAUUUAUAUUAGCAAGAUUGUUGAAACUUAUGGAGGAGGCCUAAUUGACGACGAAAAUUACGGCAAUGAUGACGCUGACGAACAAGAUGAAGUUGACAACGUUGAGGAAAGAUCAGAUAGUGACAGCGAGCAGGAAUUUGAUCAGGCACUAGAAAAUUACGACCUUAACCUACUCCAGCGUGAGCCGUGA